AUGCCAUCCGAUCCCCCAGGAACGUCGAGCGAUGACGUUGUAUCGAACGCUCGGUGUCUGCGCGACCUCUUACCGCUUCUAUCGCUCGAAAACGCGCACGAACGCGCCGCCGCCAGUGAAAAACUCCUCGAGCUCGAGUUCGGUGACGACGCGCGUGGCGUCCCGUGGGCGCUCGCUCUGUGCGCGUCUGGGUGCGUUACGCCUUUAUUACGAUCGAUCCAACGCGUGAAGCGAGACGUCGAGACGUUGGCGCCGAUCGAGGGGGAUGUGGAGUGCGUCGCGGGCGACGCGGCGCUCUUGGUAUUGAGCGAGCUCGCGAAUGUCGCGGCGGGACUACUCGAGUCGGAAGGGUAUCAGCUCGAGGCGUGCGAGAGCACUGGAAAAGCUUUAUUCGUCGAUGUCCAGAGCGGGAUGGCGAGCGAGGUCGCUCCGGGGCUGAGAUGCUCGAAAGGGAUGGAUCGAGAAGACGCGUCGGCGCUCAGAUUGUUGAUCGAGACGUUAACGCUGGUGACGCCGAUCGGGGUCGAUGCGCGAACAGGUAAGCUGGCGUGGAGCGUGGAGAUCAUCGAUCACGUGCCGAUGCGGGACGAUGGGGCGAGACCGGAGGUGAGCGUGAUCGAUAUGGCGGUGGAGGGUGGGAGCGUGGGUGAGCUCACGCGGGCGCUCGUCAUCGGGCCCUGGCGGGGGAGCGACGGGGACGUGGACGCGGAGAAGGACCCGAAUGAACCUCUUGGGUUGGCGUUAGAUUCAUGGAGGGACGCGACGUACGUUGCCGGCGCUCUCUCGGGCGCGGGGACGGUUUUGAGACGGGUGUUGGUGUGCGGAUGCGCAGGCGGCGCUGUGCCGACGUUUUUAACCAGGUACUGCCCUGAGGCGUCCGUCGUCGUGGACGUCGUCGAAUCGGACGAGGUUUUGGUCGAGCUGUCGGAGACACACUUCGGUUUGGCGUGCGCGAGGAUGCGCGCGGACGAGAACGGGUCGUCGGGGCGGUGCCACAGCGACGUGCGCGUGUGGUGUGAAGAUUUCGUGCAAUGGGGACGCCGGAGCGCAGCGGCGGCAAUCAGGUACGACGCCAUCCUCGGCCGCUUCCCCUCGGACGCUCCUGUGAAGGAUAUUUGGGACAUUAUUUGCGCGCUUCUCGCGGACGAUGGCGUCGCCGCGUUGUCUUCCUGCGAGGGAGAUGCCGCGGAGGCGAUGACGACGGAAGACGAGUCGCGCGUUCGAUUACUGCGCGACCCGGAAAAUAUGACGUUUGAGGACGUCGGGGACAGACCAGAAAAGCGCGCAAGGGCGAGCGUGGCGUCGGAUGUUCGCGCACAAGAUGUGGUUUGCUAUUUUGCAUCGUCACCAGGCGAUGACGUGUUCGAUCCGGCGACUUGGAUGGAAUGCGCGACAAAGAAACUCGGCGAAGCCGUCGAGCGGUUUCCUUACCGAGUCGCCGGGUGCGACAUUCACGGAUGCGUCACCGUGCUCGAUUACGCUGAGCGUGACGCAAACAAUGAGGCAAACGGGAUUGGGCGUAUAGAUGCCUCGAACGCGGCUUGGGACGCGUUCGAUGACGGUCCGAUGGCGCACUCUAACGCGGAGAACGUCUUUGAUGCUGAGUACUGGAACGCCAUUCUGAGCGCGCAUGGAUGUUCGAUCUCUAACGGUUCCGACUCACAUUUCGACGAGGUUGAUACAAGCGCAACGGUGAGGCACAUCGACACGCUUCACGACGAGGGAUACGUUUGGGGAGACGUCAUCAUCCCAUCCGAGCAGACCACAGCGCUUCGGCGGGGGAUCGAGGCUCUCGUGGACGCCAAGUGGCCUCCGGCCUGCGUCUUCGUGUCCGACGUCGCUUGGCAGGUCAUCGACGCUUUGUUCGCCCACGCAGAGGCUUUACUCGGUGGUGAGUGCGUGCUCGAGCCCUCGAUGGCUGCGUUCAAACUGGAGAAGGACGCGUCCGGGAAGCGGUACAUUGGGAACAAUUUCGGCGUCCCGCAUCGCGACUACUCUCGCGACGACGCCGUCGACGAAGAUGGCCGCGCGCAAGUCCUCAGUCUGUGGCUUCCGCUCAAUCGCGUGACGGAAACCAGCGGCUGCAUGUUCGUCGUCUCUAAGAAGGACGACGCCGACGGCGGCAUGAGCGACGCUGCGAAGACGGCGCCAGAGGUUCCUCGCGGCGCCGCCCGUGCGCUCGCCCCGGUGGACCCCGGAUCACUCCUCGCCUGGGCCGGAAACAUCAUUCACUGGGGAAGUGCGUGUGCGUUAGACUCUCCAGACGCCCCACGAAUGAGCGUUGCCUUCGUUUUCCGCCGAAGAGGCGACGCCGAGCGUCGAGCCGACGCGCGCUGUCCGCCGCUCACCCGAGCCGACGCGCGAUCCGCCAGUCUCGAGCGCCGCCUCGCCGUCAUCCGCCACGCCCUCGGCGUGUUCGAACACUGGUACGGUGACGCCGCCGACGUCAGAGCGAAACUUUCGGCGUGA